AUGGCUGAAUUGGAGAAGAAUGUCGGGGCGGCUACCACCUCGCCGCCCAUCUCGUCGAUAGCCUCUGAGGAUCAUGAUAAAAAUUAUGCCUUUUAUCGUCAGAAUCGCGGACUUGAUUAUACGCCUGAAGAAGAGAAGAGAACCCUUAGGAAGAUUGAUUUGCAGUUGAUUCCGCUCUUAUUUGUGAUUUAUAUGAUUCAGUACCUGGAUAAAAACAGCAUCAACUUUGCUUCUGUAUAUGGAUUGAAACAAGGGACCGGCCUGACGGGGCAAGACUAUUCGUGGUUAAGUUCUAUUUUCUACUUUGGCUAUCUCAUCGCCCAAUGGCCUGCUGGUCUGGCCCUACAAAAACUUCCGGUCGGGAAGUUCCUCGGAUACACAACACUAGUAUGGGGUGGUCUCCUCAUGACAACGCCCGCCUGUUAUAAUUUCGCCGGAAUCGCAGUGAAUCGAUUCUUACUCGGCUUCGUCGAAGCUGUUGUGAAUCCAGGCUUCGUUCUGUUGAUGAGUAUGUGGUAUACUGCCGAGGAGCAGCCUCUUAGGUUGGAGGCUUACUACUGCACCAAUGGUAUCGCGACAAUGUUUGGAGGAUUGAUUGGCUACGCUGUUGGUCACAUUACCGCCGGUCUUCCGAAGUGGAUGUACGUCUUUCUCAUCUUCGGCGCCUUCUCACUUGUCACGGGUGUCUUUGCACUAUGGCUCCUCCCGGACCUGCCAUCCACAGCCAAAUUUCUUACCGAGAAGGAGAGGGCUAUUGCUGUUGAGCGUGUAGCAAUCAAUCGCCAGGGAGUGAAGAAUCAACAAUUCAAAUGGUAUCAGGUCUGGCAAGCAGCAAGAGACCCCAAGACUUGGCUCUUGUUUAUUAUGGCUAUCGGGGCACAAGUGCCAAACUCGGCUUUGACAAGUUUUACAUCCAUCAUCGUCGGCUCCUUCGGUUUUGAUACACUGGGCACCCAAUAUCUUCAGAUCCCAGGUGGUGCGGUCCAAUUCUUGACCUUGCUUUUCGGAGGCUAUAUUGCGACCAAAUUCAACGGGAAAUUCCACUCGCGAAACGCCUGUAUGAUCGUUGCCAAUUUGACCUGCAUUCUCGGCGCGGGUUUAUUGGUCGGUUUACCCGACUCGAAUAAAUGGGGCCGUCUCGUUGCGCUUUGGUUAUGUUAUUUUCAGGGUCUGGGCUUCAGUAUGAGCUUGACCAUUGUCAGCUCUAAUAUUGCUGGAUACACCAAGAAACAGGUUACCGGCGCUUUGCUUUUUACUGGAUACUGCGUUGGUAAUAUCAUCGGGCCACAGACAUUUAAGGACAGUGAGGCCCCUGGGUACCACAGUGCCUAUAUUGCUAUGCUUGUCGGUUAUAUUGUCAAACUGACCGCGAUUAUUGCUCUGUACUUGUAUAUGUAUCUUGAGAAUAAGAAGCGGGACCGUGAGGCGGUUGAUAAUUUUGAAUCUGACGCGGAUGGAGUUGAAAAUGGAAUGCUGGAUCAAACGGAGAUUGAUAACAAGGAAUUCCGAUACGUGUUAUAA